GCCUCUGCUGUCCCUCUGAACGUGUCUGUAAUACCACGAGCUGAUUCCUGCAGCCGGUCAGCAGUGCUCAUCCUCCUCUGUGCCCACUGCUCUGCCACCAUCACCUCCCUGUGCCCAGACCUGCUCAUCCGCACCGAUGCCAACCUCAGCCCAGGGACCACCACAGCGCCAGGCCCUGAGCUGCCUGUGGCCUCCAACGAGGGGGAGCUGCUGGCCUGGGCUCAGUUUUCCUACGAGGGCAUCACGUCCUACAGCAAGCUGCAGGAUCCCCACUGGAUCCAGCUCCGCCUGGGAGAAGAUGCCAGCAGGCCCCUGGACUGCAUCCCACAGGACGACUUCAAUGCCACACUGCACCUCGAGGCUGAGGUCUUCUUCCAUGGGAUGAAGGGCUGCUCAAACAGGGAUGCCCAGAGCACCAGGGUCGCCCACAUCAUCCACUUUCAGUCAGAGCCCAGCUCCCCCAUCACGGAGGUGAACCUGUCCCUGCGCUGUCCUGAGACACACAUCAGCAACCAGAUCCUCAUCCUCCAGAGCAGGGCCAACUUCACCUGGUCCCUCUCCGUCAAUAAGUGCCACAUCCAGUUCCUGGUGUCUGGGAAGUACAAGAUCAUGCCCAUCUCCUCGAUGCUGAUCCCUGGGGAGCUGCUGCCUGACACAGAGCAGGGCCUCAUCGCUAAAGCCUUUGAGAAGAACUACAGCAUCAUUGCCUCCUACUCCACUAUCCCAGUCAGCACCCGUAUCAGCCUGGAGAUCCAGGAGCGUGAGACAAGCAAGAUGACAACAACAACAACCACCCCCUUGGCCCCCCCCACCAGCUCACUGCCCCGCAUGCUGCUCCUCACGCUCCAGCCCUGGAAGUGCACAGAUGAAACCAUGGAGAUCGUCAUUGCCAGGUCCUCCCUGGAGCCCAUCAAGGAUGUGGUGAACAUCACCCUGAGGGACAUCAGCUGCCAGGCAGAGAAAAAUGCCACCCACUUCAUGCUGAAAACCCCCCUCAGCCACUGCGGCACCUCGUUGGAGGGCAAGGACCAUGCCAACAACGAGCUCAUCCUCAGCCUGGCCAAGGGUGCAGUGCUCCGGAGCGUGCGGGUGGCCUUCCAGUGCACGAUCCCACAGGGGCUCUUCCUGCGCCUCUUCCACACUGCUGCCUUUGAGGCACCGCAGACGGAGCUGGAGAUCAACAAGGAGGUCUUCGUGCAGGCAUCCAUGCGGUGGGAGGACCACUCAGUCGACCUGCAGCUGACGGAGUGCUGGCUGGUGGCACCAGGGGUGAAGCCAGUGCUGCUGGUGCAGGGUGGGGAGGCACGUGGCACGGGGGUGGCCGUGCUGGAGGGUCCCCCCAGCAGCCACGGGAGGAAGGUCUGGCGCUUCCGCUUCACCUAUGCCCUGCCCGAGGGCGGGCGCAUCCCGAUCUCUGCCAACCUCAAGUGCAAGGUUGGCCUGCAGAAUUACACCAUCUCUGAGAAGGUCCUGGAGGUGACAGUGAAGGACAGCUGGAGGCUGCCCAACAACCGUGGGCUGGGACUGGCUGCUGUCCUGGGCAUCACCUUCGGCGCCUUCCUCAUCGGGGCCCUUCUCACCGCCGGGCUCUGGUACAUCUACUCACACACUCGUCCCAUCUCCAAACUGCAGCCAGUUUCCAGCACGGCACCAGCCUCGGAGAGCAGCAGCACCAACCACAGCAUCGGCAGCACCCAG